AUGGAGGGCCCUCAGCUAGCUGGAGUAGAGCCAAGGACAACCAAGGUCCUGACUUUCCAUAAUCCUCCCACUCAAAAGAUUAAAGGAGACCGCUCAUACCGGAGGCCAAUCCUACCAACCCAAACACAAAAGUUUGCCGCGUUGUCAACAUGGCAGCAGGAGAAUUUCUUGAAUCAGACCCACAUUUAUAUACGCACAUUCUGUGGUGGAUUGACUGGUUUCACUUUCAUCCUGCUCCUCUGCAUCUCCCCAAUGCCCUGGGUACAGUUCCUGUUGGCAGAGGACGCCAGUGAGCUCCAGGCGGGACUCUGGACCUUGUGUAAACAUAAACUCUGCUGGAGCAACGUCCCCUAUCGACCCUACUACCUCCAGAUCUCCAGGAGCUUCUUUCUCCUCUUUGCCCUCAUUGCCUUCAUUGGCGUCGCCUGGGUCAUCAACUCCUGCCGGUCCAGGAAAGAGCUCCCUGCUCAGCUGGAUCUGAGACUAGCCACCCUCUCUUUGACUUCAGGAGUCAGCCUGUUCAUAUGCCUUGUGCUUUUUCUGAUGCAAGUCAAAAAGUACACUAGCCCCACCAUGGAGUCAUCCUUCCUGUGGGCCUUCCACUUCAACUGGUGGGGUAGCUUCUUCUUCAUGGUGGCUGGGCUUAUCUUCUACUUCAACUACAAAACCUUUGGGCGAUUGCCCUGUGAUGAUGAGGAUUUAAGUGAAAUUCCCUUAGCAAAGAGAAGAUUGGGGAUCAAUCCAAAGAUGUGGCCAUCACCAGCAGCAACAGAAGAGCCAGAAUCACAGAUGGUUAUAGAUCCAGCAUUGGAUACAGAGACCAUAUACUAG